AUGUCCAGCGCCAACGCCAAGCAAUGGCUAAUCUCCGGGCCAUACCUUCACGCGUUCAAGCAAGUAAGUUGUAUAUUGACUCCAACGUUUUAACAUGUUCUUUUGUAUUUGUCCGCGUAUAUGGUGCUCUUAAGCCACUACAAUGGCCCUACGAUGGACCAUUUCGAGUCCUGCCGCGCAAGGGCAAGCAUCGGUCGAAUGUGGCUUAUACCGGACCCUCUUUCGUCCACCCCAUAAGAUCAGCCUUCUUCACCUGCCAAAGUGUCUUCUCCGAUCUCCCUCGCUUACACCAGCCAACCCUGUGCAUUCCCCUACCCCUUAAUCCACCCCUUAUGCGCAGUGGUCGUCAUGUCCGUUUCCCUGAACGUUACCAACUUGUACAUUAUUCAUAA